AAGAAGCGUACACUUCCAUUUUCUUGACCCUUUCGGCGAACAGGGAGCACGUGUUUGCUUGCCGGUUGUAUUUAAUUCAUUUUGUCGUAUAAAACUUUGAGUCAGAUUUGUAAUCUGUCCAAGUUUGGUGAUCAAGAAUCUGAUCGUUGUACAGACAGGUUAAUAUGAAUCCGGAAAAAUUGAAGAAACUUCAAGCUCAAGUACGAAUCGGCGGCAAGGGAACACCCAGACGCAAGAAGAAGGUUGUUCACGCCACUGCUGCUACAGAUGAUAAGAAGUUACAAAGUUGUUUAAAAAAGUUGUCUGUGAAUACAAUUCCUGGUAUAGAAGAGGUUAAUAUGAUUAAGGAUGAUGGUACCGUCAUACACUUUAACAAUCCAAAAGCCCAGGCUAGUUUAUCUGCUAACACAUUCGCCAUUACUGGUCAUGGCGAGAACAAACAAAUAACUGACAUGUUACCUGGAAUAAUAAGUCAAUUGGGUCCUGAAGGUGUAACACAGUUGAAACGACUAGCAAGUACAGUUUCUGGAAGCACAGUUGGUAAAUCAACUUUGGAAGAAGAUGACGAGGUGCCAGAUUUAGUGGAGAACUUUGAUGAAGCUAGUAAAGAGGAGGUUGCUCCAAAAAAGGAAGUGGAUGAAAAUGAUAAAGCAGCUGGUGAUAAAAAAGAAGCUGUUACGAUCGAUGAAAAGAAAGAAGCCCCCUUAGCUACACCUGAAGCUUAAAGUGUUCAAUAACAAGCGAUUUUACACAACCAACAGUUGUAAUUGACAAGUCGAACAAUACAAAUUACAAAAGCAAUGCGUAAACGAAGUAUCACUAUACGUACGUUAUAAAUAUUUGACAUACACUAUAAUAAUGCUAUAUGAGUAACAGUUAAAAAAAUAAAAAG